AUGACCAUGAGAGAAAUUGUUCACUUACAAACCGGCCAAUGUGGUAACCAAAUAGGUGCCAAAUUUUGGGAAGUAAUUUCAGAUGAACACGGUAUUGACUACUCUGGUACUUAUACUGGUGAUUCUGACCUUCAGUUAGAAAGAAUCUCAGUAUAUUAUAACGAAGCCGCUGGUGGUAAAUAUGUUCCACGCGCUGUUCUCGUUGACCUUGAACCUGGUACCAUGGACUCUGUUCGCGCUGGUCCUUUCGGACAACUUUUCCGUCCGGACAACUUUGUCUUUGGUCAAAGUGGUGCCGGUAACAACUGGGCUAAAGGUCAUUACACUGAAGGUGCUGAGCUCGUAGACUCUGUAUUAGACGUUGUCCGCAAAGAAGCAGAAUCUUGCGACUGCUUACAAGGUUUCCAAAUCACCCACUCCCUUGGUGGUGGUACUGGUGCUGGUAUGGGUACUUUACUCAUCUCAAAAAUUCGUGAAGAAUACCCAGACCGCAUGAUGUGCACGUUUUCGGUAGUUCCCUCACCAAAGGUAUCUGACACUGUCGUCGAACCAUAUAACGCGACCUUAUCAGUGCAUCAGUUGGUCGAAAAUUCUGAUGAAACUUUCUGUAUCGAUAAUGAAGCUUUAUAUGAUAUUUGCUUCCGUACAUUGAAAUUGAGUACGCCAACUUAUGGUGAUCUCAACCAUUUGGUAUCUGCUGUAAUGAGUGGUAUUACCACAUGUUUACGAUUCCCUGGUCAAUUGAAUGCUGAUUUGAGAAAAUUAGCUGUCAAUAUGGUUCCUUUCCCUCGUCUUCAUUUCUUUAUGGUCGGAUUUGCCCCAUUGACUUCUCGUGGAUCUCAAGGUUAUCGUGCCUUGACUGUCCCAGAAUUGACUCAACAAAUGUUUGAUGCCAAAAACAUGAUGGCAGCCUCAGAUCCUCGUCACGGUCGUUAUUUGACCGUUGCCGCUAUGUUCAGAGGUCGCUGUUCAAUGAAGGAAGUUGACGAUCAAAUGUUAUCCGUUCAAACAAAGAACAGUUCAUACUUUGUUGAAUGGAUCCCCAAUAAUGUUAAAACCGCUGUUUGUGACAUUCCACCAAAAGGUCUCAAGAUGUCAGUUACUUUCAUCGGUAACUCAACAUCGAUUCAAGAGCUCUUCAAACGUAUCAGUGAUCAAUUCACUGCUAUGUUUAGGCGUAAGGCUUUCUUGCAUUGGUAUACCGGCGAGGGUAUGGACGAAAUGGAAUUCACUGAAGCAGAAUCUAAUAUGAACGAUUUGGUUUCCGAACUUCAAAUGCAACUUCGUCGUACUUUAUUAACACCAGCGGAAAGAGAGUCGUUAGCAUAUGAUAUACCACAAGCUGGACCCAUGGCAAGUAUCGUUGCUACCAUUAUCUUGACUUUAAUUGUUCAUGAAUUACAAUACUUUUAUGAAAUUGAAAAUUAUUCGACCGCAAUUACUAUGAAUUUAUUCUUAUGGCUUGCCGCAAGUGCUUUGUCAUUUACGCGAUACAUCUCUUAUAACUUGACCGCGUCAUUAUUUUUUAUUGACACGAUACACGAUUGUCUCCAAUUGAUAGGAAUAGCUAUAACGAUACAAUAUUUUCAUUAA